UUUCGCCCGGGAAGGGGAUUUCGAGCCGCGGACCAGCUGAUGCACGCUGUGCUCCGCAGAUCUGACGCCGUCCCAGGAGGACGGCUACAAGGUAGCCGCCAUCAUCGUCGCUGACCACCGGAAGCUCCUUGGAGUUUGUUUUUAUUCUUCCUAAUCCAGUGAAAUGUUGGAAAGAAAGGAUGUAAAAAGGCUUGGAGCUUUUUCUAUUUGCCCAUCAACAGGAUAACUUUCCCAAAUCAGAACAAGAUCGAAUGUUAUAUGGGGGUGAAGUGAGAAAAUUGAAGAUGGACCAGAUUUGGCUAGGAGCUGCUGAAGAAAAUAAUAUCCUCCCAUCUUGUUAAUGCAUCUCUAUAGGGAGGUAGAGUUUUGGAAUUUUGCUGACUAAGCCCUCCUUCCUUGUUACAUUCUAAGCCCUCCUUCCUUGUUACAUAACCCAAAGUACAAUAUAUAUAGCCCACACUGUACUUCUCUGCAGACUUGCAAAGACAGUGUUAUAGUUUGAAGGGAAAUACAGAGAUACAACCAAUAUACAAUUACCCAGACAUAUACAUAUACAGGCAACAUGUAUAGAUAAAACAUUUUCACUUUAAUAAUAAAUAUUUUCUUUUGGGAACCUUGCCAUUUGUACAGGCUAAGUUAAUCUUUAAUCUGGGAAACCUUUUGAACUAACCUAAAUAAAGGUUCAAAGGGUUAGUGAAUUUCUGCAUUAGAGGGUAUACCUAAUAAGGAUUAAAUUGUGAUUAAUAUAGCAUUACUAGUAAUGAUUGCACUUUGAACAAUCUAAAUCUGUAUUUAAUGUAAUGAGCAAAAACUCCUAGGUUAGGCAAAAGAUACACUGAGUUCAGACUUUACAUCAGGCUAAGAACCACUUAGUUUUUUAGUGUGUGGGACUGCACUAAAUAUUGGGGAAAAAUAAAAGUUUUUAAUUUAAAUUUAAAAUUUAUGCCACAGGGUGAGGAAUCCAAGACUUGAAACAACUUGUAAUCCUAAACAUGAAAACAGGUUAUUCUUUUGUCUUGCUGCAAAUGCAUGCACAUCAUUUUUCUACUUAACCAAGCAUUUAUGCAUGUAAUUAUGGGGGAAAGACCCUGGGAUUCUUCAAUGCUGAGUGGAUUCUUUGCUUGUGGAGAAAGAGCCAAAACUGGUUGUAACAUCCACAUUUGGAAUAGAACCUGGAAGAAAAGUGGAAUAUGUGCCACUUCUAGAGAAAGCAUUGGAGAUGAUCAGUCACCAACCAGAAAGAGUUCUGAUUUAUAGGCGCCCUAAUAUGGGAACUGUUCCUCUUAAACCAGAACGUGAUUUGGACUGGAAGGAAGAAGUGGCCAAAGCAAAGCCAUGUGACGCCAUUCCUGUACAUUCAGACCAUCCACUUUAUAUUCUUUAUACAUCAGGAACUACUGGUACACCCAAGGGUGUUGUCAGACCAACAGGUGGCUAUGCAGUUAUGCUAAACUGGACGAUGGCAGCUGUAUAUGGACUUAAGUCUAAAGAGGUCUGGUGGGCUGCUUCUGAUUUAGGCUGGGUGGUUGGCCAUUCUUACAUUUGCUAUGGACCUCUUCUGCAUGGGAAUACAACAGUUUUAUAUGAGGGAAAACCUGUAGGAACUCCAGAUGCAGGUGCUUUUUUCCGUGUGCUGUCAGAAUAUGGAGUAGUGGCUUUUUUUACUGCACCAACUGCAAUUAGAGCAAUCCGUCAACAGGACCCUGAGGCUGUCCUGGGGAAACAGUACAAUUUGACAAGGUUUAGAACGUUAUUUGUAGCCGGUGAACGCUGUGAUGUGGAUACAUUAGAAUGGUGCAAAAAGAUUUUCAAGGUACCAGUUUUGGAUCAUUGGUGGCAAACUGAAACAGGCUCUCCAAUAACAGCUUCUUGUAUUGGCUUAGGAAACUCUCUAACUCCUCCUGCAGGACAGACUGGAAAGUUGGUACCAGGAUACAAUGUUGUGAUUCUGGAUGACAACAAGCAGCCUGUAAAAGUGAAGACUCUAGGAAACAUAGUGGUGAAGUUGCCUUUGCCACCAGGAGCCUUUUUAGGUCUUUGGAAAAAUGAAGAGCUUUAUAAAGAAUUAUAUUUCCAAAAAUUUCCGGGAUAUUACGAUACUAUGGAUGCAGGUUAUAUGGAUGAAGAAGGCUAUCUAUAUGUCAUGUCUCGUGUGGAUGAUGUGAUAAAUGUUGCAGGCCAUAGAAUUUCAGCAGGUGCAAUUGAAGAGGCUGUUCUCUCCCAUAUGGCUGUGGCAGACUGUGCAGUUGUUGGUCAAGAGGAUCAAUUAAAGGGCCAUGUUCCUCUAGCAUUGUGUGUUCUGAGAAAUGAAAUUGAUAUUGAAGAGGAACAACUGUUGGAAGAAAUUGUUACACGAGUUAGAGAAGAUAUUGGUCCUGUGGCAGCUUUUCGGAAAGCAGUAUUUGUGAAACAAAUACCAAAAACCCGUUCUGGCAAGAUACCACGAUCAGCUCUUGCUUCUCUUGUGAAUGGGAAGCCAUACAAGAUAACCCCAACUAUUGAGGAUCCUGCUGCGUUUAAACAUGUAGAAGAAGUGUUAAAAAGAUUAAAAUAACAUUUAACAAACACUAAAAUGUAAGGAAGACCUGCAUUACUUACUGCAAUUUGUUACGCCAGAAAUACAAGUAAAAUGUUGAUUUUAUUUCUGUAAAUGUGUUACUGAAUCUUAGAUUACAGUAACAAGUAAUAUUCAGUUGGUGGUGUAAAUUUUACAAUGAGCUAUUUAGAUGAUUUUAAAUUUUUUAAUUGUAAUUAAAACUGUAUGAGCAAAUAUUAGUAAUACACACAUUGUUCUUAAGUACAGUGCAAAAGAUGACAUAAUUUAAAUUCUGUUAAAAUUAUAUUUGUUUCUUUCAGUGCCAGGAUGAAAAUUAAUCUCAGGCCUUAAAGUUUUCUUUGUCUGAAACACCCAUACUUGCACUGAAGUUUUUUAAGUAGCUCAACAUUGGUAGCUACAAUUUGUUGUUGUAACAUACAGAUUUAAAUUUUGAGUAAUAAGGUAAAGAAAAUGGAUGCUAAUGGAGUUAAUCACUAGUCUACAUUUAUCUAUGGUCUGUAAUCUGUGCUCUUUAGGCAGAAAUUAGGUGUCCAGUUCAGCUCUUCUACUCUAUCGAGCCUCUGCACUAUCAGCCCCCUCUACCACAAAGAUCCUGCAGGAGAAGGGCAGUGUGGGAUCUGGCAGGGUGAGAACUGUGAACCAUAAACACAAAGCUUUUGCUGUGUCCCUGCACAACAAGUACAGUGCCCUUG